UCGUAAGUGCAUUAGCCAAGGAACAACCUGCACGCUCGACACAACAUGCCCCGACAAUUGUAUACAUUCGCUGCACACCUGCGUUAUUAGUCACUGGGAAAAAAGGGAAAAAAAGCAGUGGACCUAAACUUGUACCAGGUGUCUCGCCUCGCCCCUUUGUUUUUACAACAACUCAGUCAGAUUAAGGCCGCGAUGUGCCCUCAGUCGACACGCUCCGACGCCGCUCGAAGACUCCUCCGGGAGACGCCCAGUAGGUGUUGAGCGCGCCGAGUGCUCGCGCUGCCGGAUCAUGGGAAAGUGGAAGAAGUGGUAGAUGGAAAAGACCGGCCAUGAGGAGGUUUUUCCGUGUGCAGAGGGAUGAAGACUACGGUCAGAUCCAAUAUCUGACAGCCAAGUGCACGCGUUUGGCCCGAGACAAAGCUGCGUCAGACAGGGAGUUCCUGUUGUCCGGGGAAAGGGAGAAGAAGCUGCGGAACGACUUCCAAGCUGCGACGGCUCAACUUUUCCACUUGGAGAAGAGCAACGUGGAGCUCAGGAGGAAACAGGAGCAGCUUCUUGGCGCCGUCCACCAGCAGCAGGAGUUGGUGGAGUGGCUGCAGCGGCGCGUGGCCGUCCUGGCGGGAGAGAGCGAGCGCGAUGCCGAGCUGCUUCGUCAGGUGUGCUCGGAGCUGCUGUGCCUGCAGAAUUCCGAGGCGCAGCUGGAGGCCCUGGCGGAGGAGCUGCACGCCGAGGCCCAGCGACGGCAGGCCGGGGAGGCCGAGACCCUCGGAGGAGAACUGCGCCCCGAGGACCACCGCGGCGGCGGCGGCCUGACUGAGGGCCUCCAGGCGGAGCUGCAAAUUAAAACUGCAGAGUUGGAUCGGCUCCGAGACGCCAACGAGAGGAUGGCGGCGGAGUUGGCGGCUUUGCGCUUUGCACACGAGGAACAGGUGAGAGCUCUGCGAUGCGAGAAUGACAGCGGUGCGAGGAAGCUCCAGGAAACGUUGGAGCAGUUUGAGUGGCUGUGUCAGCAACAGCGCGACUGGAUGGCGAGCGUCAAGAGCUUGAAAAACUGCUUUGUGGAGGAAAGGGUAGGUCUGCUUCAGCAAAUUCGCACGCUGGAAAGAAAGGCCAAGCAACGGAAGAAGUCAAAUGAGGACAGCCUCCAAUAGGCGGACGGCCACGCCGCCUUCGACACGACAGGACGACGACGGCUCCGACGGGUUUAUCGGAAAGCGGAAUCAACCCUGUUUUAAUCAUUCAGAGUUCAGCGAUGAUGGCACACGUAUGCAAGUAAAAAUGUGCCGCCGGGUUUUGAAUCAAAAAUGCCGCUGAAAAUUUAAUGUUGUAAAAUUCACAUUGUUAUUUCAAAGUGAUCGCAUUUCCAAUAGCUGGAUUUCGUUUGAACUUUUUACAAACGCAAUAAUUUCAGUCCCCUGACAUUCAACUGGCUACAAUUCGCUGCCUGAAAUUCACCGUCUAACACGCAG